CUUAACUUGAGGUAGAAGAGUAUUUAUUUAAGGUCAUGUCCCACUAGUUGUGUUUACUUCCACUCCUGGACUGGAAAGGAUUUUAGAAUAGACUUCUGAGGACUUUGAACGGCGUGGCCUCCCCUGGCGCAGAAAAGGCGUCAACAGGCAUCGUGACUGAGGUCACAGCAGUAUUAGCAGUAGUUGAGUCCAGGCAGGACUGAGCCUCAAGCCACACCACUGAGCUGCUCGGAAGGGAAAGGUUUUUGUAUCCAUUAUGGACAGUAUGCUCAACAAUCUCUCAAAAACUGAGUUUAUCAGCAUUUGUGUCCGGGAUCCAAGGCUUGUUAAAGAUGACCUCUGGUACACACAUGUCGACUAUGAGAUCUGUUUACAUACAAAUAGCAUGUGUUUUCGAAAGAAGACUUCCUGUGUAAGGCGGCGUUACACUGAGUUUGUUUGGCUGCGUCAUUGUCUGGAACAGAAUGCUCUGAUCAUAGAAUUACCCAAGUUGCCGCCCUGGAACCCCUUCUUCAGUCUGAGGAACACAGAGCAGGUGUCACAGAGGAUGAACGGCAUGCAGAAGUUUUUAGAAAUUGUUCUUCAUAACCCUUUGUUGUUAUCGGACAGUCGCCUCCAUCUGUUCCUCCAGUCAGACCUCAGUAUUACAAAGAUGGAAAAGUGUGCUCUUGGGAAGACCAGGUACACAGUGGCUGAAGCCAUACAGCGUUCCAGCUGCGGUUCCAUCAGUAGAUUAGAGGACAAGGCCUCCUGUGACUCGGACUGUGAAAGCUCUUCAUCGUCGGGCUUGGGACUAAGUGUGGAUACGCCAUUGCGAGGAAGCCCCCUCCCCUUCUUGAAGUCCUCUGUCAGAGACCCAGAGCUGUUCAGAUGUCUUUCAUAAUCCGAAACCCCACUCAUUGCUCCCUGACGCACAGCAGUUGUACUUGACCACCUUCCCUUCCGUUUGGACAUAAGUUAUCAAUGUUGCAUCAACCUGUCUGUGAUACUCCAUGGGGCCCUUGCUUUUCUUAGUUAACUUCCAAAGAGCAAAUAGCUGUGUUUUACUUCUGUUAGGUUUAUUAUUCCCUUUUGACAUUUUGUUUUAAUUUGCUUUAGGUUUCUCUUAAAGCAAUACCUUGGUCAUUUAAUUUAGUGUGCUUGAAAAAAAUACUCAUGUUUUAAAAAAAAAUGUAUAGUAAAAACUACAUUUAUAAUGGUGAAUUCUUAAAUAUUAUAUUUUUAUCUGCACUGAAGCUGUACUGAGGUUAGCAAGAGAUGCUUUGAAUUGUAGAGGGUUUUUUUUUUUUAGUAAAAUAUUUGAGAAUGCUUUUAUGACUUAAUGGAUGAAUAAAUUGUCUUUUUUUUUUUUAAGAAAAAACAAGACUUGAUUCUUGAAUUAAUAUUCAUUGAAUAUUUUGUAUACUGAAUUUGCCCAGCACUUUUCAUUAGCUGGGCCUUGACAUGUAACUCUCCAUGAAUACAGUGCAUUAUUGUAACAGCCCAGUAGAGGGAGCGUAGACAUCAUAGGACCUCGAACUGAGUAAAUGCAGUAAUGUGAUGCGGGUCUACAAUGCUGAUAAAGUUGAUUUGGACUAAAUUCAUACUAUAGUUGAUUGUGUACUGAGCUGUAAUUUUAAAGUUCUCAUUUCUUAUUUUUCUCACUUGUUAAGGCAUUGUUGACGCACGGCUGUAGUGUGCAAUUGGGUUAUCGUCAGUCCAUAUCGAUAAUUAAUUUUAAGCUGCACUGGGUUUGAGGAAAUGUAUCUGGAAUCUCUCUUGCUACUUGAAGUUGGUGUUUAAUGUACCAUACCUCCUACCUACCAAGUGUAUAUGCAUGUUAGAUUUUAAGCAUCUUUAGUGUUUUGUUAAUGACAAGAGGUCCAGUGCUGGUCACAUCUCAUCUCAGUGUAACUACUUUCCCAGGUGAGAUGGUCUAAUUAAAGGAAGACAGCAAAUUAAU